AUGGGUUUCAAGCGUUUGAUCGUGGCCUGCGAUGGUACCUGGACGGAUAGUGACAAUGGCUUCGUGCGUGACAGCUGGCUCCCCUGGAAGACCGGUGGAAAGCUAGCCAACCCAUCUAAUGUGACCCGUACAUCUCGUGCGCUACUGCCUCGCUCAAGCGAUGGUAUACCACAAGUCGUCUACUAUCAAGCGGGCGUGGGCUCGCAGAACAAUGCCUACAGCUAUUUCGUGGGUGGCUAUCUCGGUUCUGGCAUUUCUGAGAACAUAAGAGAGGCAUACGCGUAUCUCUGCAACAACUACGAGGACGGAGACGAGAUAGUGCUGCUCGGCUUCUCACGUGGCGCCUUCACAGCAAGGAGUAUCAGUGCCUUGGUCGCUGAAGUCGGACUAUUGACAGUCAAGGGCUUGGACUCGUUCUACCCUAUCUUCAAAGACUGGGAGAACCAAGUCGACCCAGCCUACCAAGCACAAUAUGGUUCGAUUGACCGGUCAAUCGACCGGCCGUCCUUCAAGGAUCCUGACUACAUGCCGCGUCUGAUCCGAGAAGGCAUGACCCGUCCUAACAUCCCGGUCAAGAUUGUCGGGGUCUGGGAUACUGUGGGAACCCUGGGUGUCCCAGAGCUCGAUGUAGCGGGUUUUAGGCUCUUCAGCCAUGAAAGGAAAGAAUACAGCUUCGUCAGCACUGAAGUGGCAUCAAAUGUCGAAUACGCUUUCCAAGCCUUUGCGUUGGACGAAGAACGUAUGACCUUCUCACCAACCGUCUGGGAGAGUCCAAAGCCUGGCUCCGGCGCACGUCUGAAGCUGCUAAAGCAGUGCUGGUUCCCAGGUGUGCAUUCUUCGAUUGGUGGUGGAUAUGCUGAUUCGUCGGUCUCGAAUGUCACACUGGCUUGGAUGAUCACACAGCUCCAGCCUUUCCUCUCGUUUCAUCCAGACUACAUCAAAGAUCAGCAGCAAGCCAAUGAGAAGUUCUACACCUUGCAGAACGUGCCCGUGUGUUCAUGGGCGAUGGGUCAGAUUGAGAAGUCCGAUACGGGAGCACUAAACGCCGUUACUGGCAGAGGUCCGCGAACCCCGGGUGCAUAUCAUGCUAUCGAUUCGAACACAGGCAAGCCAACAGAUCGUCUGUUGACGAAUACCUGCGAGUUCAUACACCCAUCUGUGCGGUAUCGAAUACAGCAGAAGGGACUAGGGUUGGCGACUAAGGAUGACAGUCCUGGGCAGGGAGUCUAUGAGCCUGCUGCUCUGGAGGGUUGGACAUACGUCACUCCUGGCCAGAAUUUACCCGAUGGUGUCCAAGUUGAUGCUCACAAAGCUGAGGCCUGGCGAGGUCAUGGCAGAUGGGUCAAGGCUGGGCGAGGCGAUAGUGACGCUGUAUUCGUUGUCGAAGAGCGUAUUGAGGAUGGAACUACUGAGAUGGCGUUGGUGCAGGCGUGGCCAGGAGUCGAGAACCACUUCAUGCAACACGGCUGGCUCAAACUCUCGAAUUGCUUCUCUCAGGCUCAAGCGGACGAAUUGAUCGGCACAGUAUGGACACGACUAGGCAUGUCACCGACAGAUAAAUCAACAUGGCAUGGCGAACGCCACAACAUGCCCAAGCACAACGAAUUCGAAGCCAGUGAGUUCGCACCAAAAGCCUGGGCAGCCAUCUGCGACUUACUGGGUGGCGAGGAGCGUAUCGGCAGCUACAACCGCACAUGGAACGACGGCCUCAUCGUCAACUUGGGUACGCCGGAGGGCGAAGGGAAGGAUAUCCACGGCAGUGAACUCCCAGGCUGGCACGUCGACGGUGAUUUCUUCGUGCAUUUUCUCAACAGUCCUGAGCAAGGACUCCUGGUCAUCCCACUAUUCACCGACAUCAAUCCAGGCGGUGGCGGGACGAUGAUCUGUCCCAGUGCCAUCGGUCCAGUAGCGCAACACCUACACGAUCACCCUGAGGGUGUAUCGCCGAUGAUGACGCCUCGAGCUGGGAACCCUACCAUGGAGCCGGAGAAGGUGAAGAGACUACAGUGGUUCUGUGAUCUAGCCAAGUCGAUGCCGAAGGAUGCAUUUGUCGAGGCGAGUGGGAAGGUGGGAGAUGUGUAUCUGUUGCAUCCGCUCAUGCUGCAUUCGGCCUCUAAUAACAAAUUGAGGGAGUUGAGGAUUAUUACGAAUCCUCCUGUUAGUUUGAACGAGCCUUUUGAUUUUGAUCGGAGGGAUGAGAGUCUUUAUUCUGUUGUUGAGAGGAAGACUCUUAAAGAGCUUGGGAAGGAGAGGUUGCCUGGGUGGGAGAUCACGGAGCCUAGGAUGGCUGUUGUACCGGAGCGGUUGAGGAGGCAAGCUGCGAUGCGGGAAGAGGAAUUGAAGAGGUUGCAGGAUCUGAAGGGGCAUGCUGAUCGCAAGGUUGCUGAGGUUGCUGUGAACUAG